GUAAAGCGUGAUUUGUCAGUUUUGUUCUAUAUACUUGUCCUUUAGUAUUGCAUUACAGGCUACAAACAUUACAGGGGAAAAGGAAGAGAGUGAAAAAUAAAGAUAAGGUGUAACGUUGGGAAGUGUCUGUUCUCGCGUGAUUGGCUGACAGUUCUUUUGUGUCUGUACUUCCACUAUAAAAGCUCGGCUAACGUUUUCUCUCACAUUGUAUGAGCUUGGAAUACCGCGCAACGUAAGGAUCUACAAAAUCAACAUGCUUUUUACGCCAUGGAUUAACAUACCUGGAUAUUGCUACCUAUAAUUUUUUUUUGCCAAGUAACCUGUCUGGUUUUAGUUCUUCUGAUUAUCAGCUACUUUAAAGAAUACUUUUUUUCUCCCCGACUGUUGGACUCGUUUUUGCGCACACUGUACACUAUGGCAAACACUUGCUUGCAGUUCACGGGUUUUGUGAUGAGCUUUCUCGGUUGGAUCGGACUUAUCAUCGCCACUGCCACUAAUGAAUGGGUAGCCACUUGUAAAUAUAACAUGAACACCUGUAAGAAGAUGGAUGAGCUGGAGGCCAAAGGUUUGUGGGCGAACUGUGUGAUCUCUACUGCGCUGUAUCACUGCAGCACACUCACGCAGAUCCUCGAGCUGCCAGCGUAUAUCCAGACGUCUCGAGCUUUAAUGGUCACGGCAUCGAUUCUCGGGUUGCCUGCUGUCGCGCUCGUGCUCAUGUCCAUGUCCUGUAUUAACCUCGGAAGUGAACCAGAAAGCGCCAAGAACAAGCGAUCGGUGCUCGGAGGAACCAUAAUACUGCUGACUGCUUUUUGCGGCGUCGUCUCCACCGUGUGGUUUCCCAUCGGGGCCCACCACGAGAGGGGCUUGAUGUCCUUCGGCUUCUCCCUGUAUUCGGGCUGGGUGGGCACUGCACUUUGUUUGCUGGGAGGCUGUAUGAUCACCUGCUGUUCAGUGGACACCCCCGCUACAUACACUGACAACAACCGAUUCUACUACUCCAAACAGGGCCCGGCUCAUUCCGGCCCCACCUCCACUAACCACGCCAAAAGUGCUCACGUCUGAGCUUCGGGAUUGCUGCUCAGAUCUGAUUUCUACUCUGUUUCUGCUCUCUCUCUUUUUCCACUGUUUCUUGUUUCAGCAAUGUCUCUAUCUGCAGUGGCGGCUCUUUGGAUAGUCAUCGUUCGGCUGCGCUCUGACCUUUUGACACGGCAGCGGGGUUAGUCACCCAAAGGUUACAUAAUGAAGGACAGUUACUGUUGAAGGACCUGCAAUGAAGGAUUCAGUGUUUAAAGGGUCUUCUACUGAUUCUGCUCAGUACAAUGUGCCAUUUCAAGUCCUAUUUUUGUAGCGAGAAAUGAGUUUUUGCAUUUUUAUAUGAAUACUAACAGUAUUGCCAGUGUUGUUUUUAUUCUAAAUCUUUCAGUUUAUUUCAGUCUGUUUGUACAGCUAUAUUUUCAAUUUGGUUCAUUUCGGAAUAGCCGCCCAAACAAAACUGCACCAAAAUUGGACCAAAGCAGUGAUUAUUUAGCAAUACUAUUUAUUGUAAUACUUGUAUGCAGUUUUUAUUAAAUUUGUUGUAAUAAACAAUGCUGUUCAUGUGAAAA